GGUAGUAGAACCAGCAGUGUCUGCCUCUAGUUUCUGCAUAACAGGCUGUGCGGUCGCUGGCUCGUCGAGUGAAGUGCAACACGACGCAUCCGUCAUGCUGGGCAACGACGAUCCCACAAAACCCACUGAUGAUGAGACAGAAAAAUUAAGCUUCACAGCAGAAAAGGAAUCGUCAUUUGAAUGCAUACUGGACACAAUUGGCAGCAGAGGAAAAUUUCAAAUUCGACUGAGUUGUAUUUACAUUUGUCUCUCUGUACUCUUGUGUACCUCUCCCAGUCAUAUGUUUAUAAUGUCUAUGGUGGUUCCUGAUCAUUGGUGUCACGUUCCUGGAAGAGAGUUAUCGAAUUUUAGCGUCGAAGAAUGGAAGAGUCUGACGAUACCAAGGAAAAAUGGAUCGUACAGCAAGUGUUCCAUGUACAAAAAUACGGAACAAAAAAAUGAAACGAUAUCAUGUCAGUAUGGAUGGGAAUUUGAUACAACAUGGUAUUCGCUCACUCUACCAGCCCAGGAAGAGUGGGUCUGUGACCGAGAAAUUGUGGUCAGCAAUACUCUCGCCUUGAUCCAAGGCCUCUCCGUCGUCGUUGGUCUGGCAAUAUGUUACAUUGGAGACAGGUUUGGCCGACGUACGCAGUAUUUUGUCUCUCUUUCGCUGAUUUCUGUGUGUCGCAGCCUGAGUGUUCUGACUGUGUCCAUAUAUCCAUUGUUCAUCGUAUUGUCGAUUCUUGGAACUGCUGCAGAUAGUUCCACCACGGAGGCAACUACGGCAAUUGGACUUGAACUGACAGAUAUCAUGCAUCGCUCCACUAUCAACUUCCAGUUCACUGUAAUGUACUGCGUGGGUUCAAUGGUGAGUCCCCUAAUUGCUUGGGCCACAAGGAACUGGAUGAUAUUUAUGCUGGCCUCAUCAGUACCAUGCUUCCUUUUGUUCUCAUGUCAAAGCUUUCUUCCUGAGUCACCGCGCUGGCUGCUCAAUAAGGGGCACACGAAAAGAGCGUAUUCGGUGGUGCACAAGAUAGCCCAGACCAAUAAGAGGCACGUUCCGGCCGACACUCUGGAAAUUUUAAAUGCAAUGUCAAAACGACGGUCUGCGAAAAUGGGAGUGCUAAGUUUAGUCACCAAUAGAAACCUGUUUAAGAAUACACUUAAACUGAUUUUUGGCAGAUUAGUCUGCAUACUGACCAGAAGUACCAUGAUGUUUAAUAUCGGUAAUCUCGGCGGCAAUCCAUUCCUCGCCUAUUUGGUUCAAGGAGCUUUCGAGUUCCCCGGUAACCUUGCAGCGCAUUUCCUGGGCAACAGGUUUGGACGGAGGUUCACAGAAGCAUUUUCAUUGUUGGGGGCAACACUGGUUUCCGUCGCCAUCAUUAUUGUAAUGACAGUGUCUGGGCCUGACUGGAUGGUGAAUUCAGGAGCUGUUCUCUUGAGGUUUUUCAGUUCAAUGUCGUUGUUUAUCAACGUUAUCCAAAGCAUGGAAAUCCAUCCAACGUGUGUCAGACAGAUUGGUUCUGCCAUUGAGUGGGCUGUCAUCGCGGCCAUGAUUGGAGUUGCGCCAUAUAUUGUGUACUUGGGUGAGUUGGUUGAUCGCCGGUGCCUAUAUGGUGUGCUUGGAAUUCUCCUCUUCUUGGCAGCUGUGAUAACGUCCUUUCUUCCAGAGUCUUUGCACGAGAGAUUACCAGAGACUCUCGAAGAUGCUACCAAUUAUGGUGCCUGUCAAAAAUACUGGAGCUUACCUGUCAUUAAAAAGGGAUGGAGAUCCGCUACUUACAUGCCUGGCUUAUUAUUUCUUAACAAUUUAUGCUUCAUAUUGGUGGCGUACUGGAGAACUAGUUUCACGCACCCCGGAGAAAUUCCGGAUAAUUUCCAAAUUCCACAGCCUGAAACAUCCAACCAACUCGAUGUCAACAAUGGUGCAUGCAUGAAUGAACACUUAGAAGAAAUUGUUCGAAACAUUGGUGUGAAAACGCGAACAGCAACGGGGGAUAUUCGUUACUGCGAAAAAUGUCGGCACAUUAAACCUGACAGAGCACAUCACUGCAGUGCCUGUGGGAAAUGCAUUCUCAAAAUGGAUCAUCACUGUCCAUGGGUUAACAAUUGCGUUGGUUUUAACAAUUACAAGUUCUUCAUGCUGUUUCUGGUAUAUGCUAUGUUGUACUGCGUUUUCAUUGGGAGUUCAACGUUGAUGUACUGUAUAAGGUUUUGGAAACAGCAGACGCAGAACAAUAAGUGGCAACUUUAUAUCCUAUUCCUGUUAUCUGUUAUGUUUCUUAUCAGCAUAGCACCGUUAUUUUUUUACCACUGUUUUCUUCUCCUAGACAACAGGACGACUCUAGAAGCAUUUAGAGCGCCAGUGUUUCUGCAUGGAAUUGAUAGGGACGGAUUCAACUUGGGCAGAAGUAAAAAUUUUAGGGAAGUGUUUGGAGAAAAUUGGCUUUUAUGGUUUCUUCCAGUGUCAAGCACUCCUGGUGAUGGCGUUCACUUCCCAUUACGCAUUCGUAACUCUGGCAGAACGUACAAUACUGUGGAGAGAGGUGACAGUCAUUUUAAACGCAAUCAUGAAUAUGGUGAAGUAAAGUGA